UGACAUUUGACAGAAGUAGUUUUCCAUUUUCCAAUUUCCCUAUGAAAGGGAAUUUACCGGAAAGUAUUUCAUAAUGCAUUUAUAUAUAGCUUUCCUUGCGGUGUGAAAUUACCUAACAUAAUAUCGAACAAUACGUUUUUAAAAUGUUUUUUGGUAAUAAAAUUGUCGCUCGAGCAAAUCUAUGGAGAAGAUUAUUCGUCAACAAUGCUGUGUUAAAUGUGGUUCCAUCACAGAUCAAUUACAGUGGACUGGCAUGCAGUGCACAAAAUAAGUAUUUAUUCGACAAAGGAUAUUUCAAAAGUACCACCCAUGUGUCAUAUUUAGUACCUUUACAUAGAAAAUGGUAUUGCAAAGGUUUAGUAGAAGAUACAAAUAAUCUUACUGUUCAGCAUGGAAAAGUACAAAAGAAUAUAACAGAACUGUUCCCGUUACCAAGAGUUACGUUGAACGAACUGACAAGUAAAACGCCAAGCAAGAUAUUUGAAAUACAUUACAAACAAAACACUGUCGCCCCUAAAGGAAGGAAGAAGAGUACAGCUAAUAAUGACUGGACUUGUACUUAUGCGUUUGUUUGGCCCGAGAAGAUUAAGUUUGAAAGCACAGCCAUAUCAAAACGCAAAGCCGCAGAAAAAGCAGCAAUUCAAGCUAUCCACUGGUUAUACACAAACAAGAGAAUAGACGCCAAAGGCCAUCCUAUAUAUGAUAAGGUCGUACUACAGAAUAUAAAAGAGGAAUUGAAUGAACCGAUACACAUUACUAUAAGUGAUAAAUCUAUGGAACGGAUUGACAAGAUUUGGAAAGACUAUGAGAGUGGGAUAAAGGAUAUCUAUGAAGCUACGUUCAAAGAAUCAAGACAUAAAGUGAUAAAUUCGCCAGCAGUCUUGACCAAAGAUUCCACUAUUGACGAAGAAGAUGAUUACAUCGAUGAAGAUAGUGUCUCGAAUACUGUAGCAGAUACUUCAGAAUUAAAAGUCCAAGUGCAUCCAGUAUACGGCAGAAAGGUUUCGUCCCCAUCUGCCUCCGCGUUAGAGAGGAGAGACCGCGCGUUAAGCAAGAAGUUCCAACAAUACGACGCGGAACUAACUCCAUUGCCUAUUGAUGAUUAUAGACAACAAAUAACAUCAACCCUCUCCAAAAACCGAGUAAUCAUCAUAGUAGGGGCAGCGGGUUGCGGCAAGUCCACUCGCGCGCCGGCGGCCAUCUUGCGUGAGUGCGGCGCCGACGCUCGCGUCAUAGUGUCGGAGCCGCGGAGGGUGGCAGCCAUGGGACUUGCUGAGAGAGUUGCCAGUGAGAUGGGAGAAGAGGUGGGAGAGUCUAUUGGCUACCAAGUGAGGUUGCACUCUAAACCUCCGAAGCCGCCGGGAGGGUCCAUCCUGUACUGCACUUCUGGAGUAUUGCUGAGACGGUUGCAGACCAAUCCAGGACUACAAGGAUGUUCGCACGUGAUCAUCGACGAAGCUCACGAACGUGACGUGAACACUGACAUCACGUUACUUCUGCUGAAGAAGGCGCUGGACCUCAAUGAGGCACUCAAAGUCGUUGUUAUGAGUGCUACGCUUGAUACUGGAGUGUUUACCAGUUAUUUCAACCCGUGCCCAGUGAUCGAAGUGCCGGGCCGAACGUUUCCAGUGGAAGUCUCGUAUUUAGAUGAUAUACAGAAAAAAAUCGGUGUCGGCCUGCCUUUUACUGAGGAGGUUUGUGCCAAAGAGGAUGGCAGGCCUCAAGUUAAAUGUCAAGAGGUAGCCGAACUAAUAAAAGUAAUAGAUAGCAAAGAGAAAGAAGGCGCUAUACUAGUGUUCCUCCCGGGUUGGUCUGAGAUCAAGUUAACAAAACAACUGCUAGAAGAACAUUAUGGAAACUCACCUAUGCAUAUGAUUCUGCCUGUACAUUCUAGAUUAUCAACAACAGAUCAAGCGAAAAUGUUUUCAACUCCACCUCAAGGCGUUCGGAAGAUAGUUCUAGCGACAAAUGUAGCAGAAACGUCUGUAACUAUCCCGGAUGUAGUUUACGUGAUAGAUAGCGGAGCGCAUAAGGAGAAUAGGAUUAAAGAAGGCACUGGCACAGCAAGCUUAGAAACUGUGUGGGUAUCCCUAGCGAGUGCUAAGCAGAGAGCCGGCCGAGCGGGGAGAGUGCAACCAGGUCAUUGCUACAGAAUGUACACAAAAGAAAAGGAAGCAGAGUUCGCUCCACAUUCAACUCCUGAAAUAUUAAGGAUACCUUUAGUGCAAACAGUAUUAGACUGCAAAUCAUAUGCGCCAGACGAAAAGAUAGCGAAUUUCCUCUCACAACUACCAGAACCGCCCAGUGAUAAGUCUAUACAGUUUGCUGUUAAUGACCUUAUUGAUUUAGGAGCCCUAACCCCCUCAGAGCAGCUAACCCGUCUAGGCAGCCUCCUAUCGAGUCAAACCCUGCACCCGCGCGUCGGGCGUAGCUUGCUACACUCUGCUAUCAUCGGUAACGUGGUGGCCGCCACUAACGUCGCCGCGCACUGCAGCACUCAAACCGAAGUGUUUGUGAGUGCGCCUGAGAGGAGAGAUGAAAUCCGCGAAAUAAAGCGCAAAUUCAGUCCGACAUCAGACUACUCAGCUCUGUACUGGAUUCAGGAUGAGUUCGAGAGAUUGAACCAAGAAGGCGGCCGGCAAGCUAGCGACAAGUUCUGUGAGAAAUACGGACUGAGAGGGGAUCGACUCGGAUUUAUUCGAUCAAUCUCGCUCCUCCACUUGGAACAACUCCUGAAGUCUUCCAUGAUAGCUCCGAUGACGGAAGCCGAGGAGUUGAACCGCUUCUCCGAUAUUGAUGAGCUGACUUCUGGAACUCUGCUGUCUGGUGCUGACUCCUUGCUGAUGACGAGGAGGCAUGUCAAGACUAAGGGCAAGUUGAAGACUGUUGUUGAUGUUGUUACGAGCACCGGCGACAGAGCCCAUAUAGGCUCAGAAAGUGUGAAUAAAGACGUAGUAAAACGUCAUAAUGUUCCCGUCCUGUUAUGUUACUUCGGCGGCCAACACUCCGCAGAGCGACGUGCUCUAGUGGCUUACAGGACCAGUGUAGUGUCGCCGCAUGCUGCCCUGCUGUUCCAAGCAGGGGGUGUCUUACAGAAUGAUGAAGGUGAUAAUUCAGUGUUGAGUUUUAAGAAACAUCGUUUUUCUAUCAAUGUGCCUAGAAGUCAAGCGGAUAAAUUGCUGAAAUUAAGAGAAAUGCUUUGGAAGACUUUCGACUAUUAUAUCGAGAGAGAUGUCAUGAAUAUUAUUUUUGAAGACAAUGAGAAAGUAAAGCAUUUCAAAGUUAGGCUGAUAAAAACCGUUGGAAGAGUGCUAGUGGAAGCUCACAGAGAGUACGUUGAAGGAAAAUCUAGGAUUGAAAAUAUUGAAGAUUAUGGAUGAAAUAAAAUAAUAAAAGAACAUAUUAGUCAAUGA